UAAUCAAACGCUUUGCCCGUAUCGUAACUCCUCUGAUCUCGUUUCAUCUCUGUCUUCCCGAGUGUAGGAACCGUCGUGUCGUCGAUAAAUUGUGUCGCCGACACGGAUAAACACGACUCUUUCCCGCGAAAGAGAAGAGGAGGGCACGAACAUCGCUGACCGGAUCACUUACGUGUCCAGCAUAUCAAUCGGGACAUCCUGUUUGUCACGAAUCAUGCGCUUCGCGAACGUAUAAGCGCGUAGCGCGCUCACUGCUCUCGGUACUGCUUUUCGAUCGCUCGAUAACCGAGAGUGCGGUUUUUGCAAUACGUCAGUUUUUUGUGCGAAUUUGUUUUCUCAAAAGUCUACAAGGAAUCACAGCCGCUUUAUCGUAAAAGGGCCGAGUUCGCCCCUUUCCUGUGGCCGGCGUAUCAAAAUUCUUGAGCGGAAUAGGGAGUCGCGAUUGUGUGUACAUGAGGCGACUCAAAAGAUGACAACAAAGGAAGAAGGUCCUUCAAAGCCAUCAGGUUCUACAGAUGAGAAAGAGAAAGAUGACAGGAUGUUCGAAUGUAACAUCUGUCUGGAUACAGCCAAGGAUGCAGUGGUCAGUAUGUGCGGCCACUUGUUCUGUUGGCCAUGUUUACAUCAGUGGUUAGAGACCAGACCUGCCAGACAAGUCUGCCCAGUAUGCAAAGCUGCUAUAAGCAAGGAAAAAGUCAUUCCAUUGUACGGUCGUGGCGCUACAAAGCAUGAGGAUCCCAGAAAUAAUGUACCGCCACGUCCGGUCGGUCAAAGGACAGAGCCUGAAACCAACAUGGGCUUCUCUGGCUUUGGUUUCGGCGAUGGUUCCUAUAUGUCGUUCGGCAUCGGUACUUUUCCUUUUGCUUUUUUUACUUCGACUUUUAAUUUUGGAGAAACACGACCAAGCCCAGCUCCCAGAGGCACACCACAAUAUGAGGAGGAACAGUUUUUGUCGAAGGUAUUUUUGUGGUUAGCGUUGAUAUUCAUUUGCUGGCUGCUAAUGGCAUAACGUCUACUAAAUCACGCCAGUCUGCCCUGUGAAUCUUAUAUGAUUUUUAUCUAAUCGUCGUGAUUAAUUCAUGAUGUUCGAUCAGCAAUAUGUCUCUCGGUCUCUGUCUAUUUUAGAAACCAAAUUUUCUUUGAAAAGAAGAAAAAAAAAUGAUCUUAUAUCUCAGGAAUGAUUAAAAAACUAAGAUUACUAAUUCGUUUCUUCCUACUUUCGUGCCGGAGCGGAGAAUUGAAUGGGAAAACACGCUCUCAGCAAAAUAUUUAAAAUUUCGUUGAUAUUUCGUGUGGAACGACUUUUCUCCGACUUUGGACAAUUCUGAUAUUUCGAUGUGUCUCUUUUAAGUAAUAUGUAUAUAAAUAUAUUAUCCGUAGAGAAAAGCGCGUAAGCUGCUACCCGAUAUAUUUAAAGCUUGAAAACGAUACCCGAUAUAUUGUAUAGCUUGAAAACGAGAAUGCAGAGAAGGGAUAUAAUUAAGAAGUAUAUCUUUAAGACGUAAUAUAAACAUUUUCUGCGAGAAACUAUGAGCAAAUAUUUGAGCAUAAUGUAUAUAUACGUAUUCUACAGAGUUUAAA